AGUCAGUGUGCGUGUUGAGCUGCUAGCGUGAGGAUCGUCGCGUUUUGAUUCUGUAUUGCAUCCAGCACUCACGAGUUGCAUUUAUAUUUGGCGUUAAGUAUAGUUUCACUAAGAGAAUAAUGCUCACUUCUAGUAGAUAGUUUGAUGAUACCCAGCAGUAGGCAAUGAUGUGUGGGUAUCAGUAUCGGAAUAACGAUAACAAUUAGAUGUGCCGAUGAAGAUCAGUGUUCACCGGUUCACAUGCUAUGCUUAAUUAGCGCAUAGGGGAAUUGAAUCUGUGUAAUUCAAUAUACGGUGUACGGUCACUCGACGAAUUUAUUAGGCAGCAGUACAGUAGUGGUGUAAUUGAUUGCAAAUUUUUCCGACAAACAUUGUGAACAUUGCUUGGUGAUAGUUGCGGCCAAAUAAUCAAAUCGUAUCGAAUUCCUCUGAAAGUGAUGUCACUCGACAAUACGGGAAGCUGAACCAACAUAAGUCAACGGCGCCGGUUUGAAAAGCCAUUUCAAGGUUAACCACCUGUGGGGAAAUUGAUAGCACGCAUCUUAUAAUGUCAUCUCAGGCUACCAGUAGAGCUGCUAGCUUACUGGCAUUAGUGUUCACAAUCUACGGAAUCAGCAUAACCCACGCACAGUAUCUGCAAUCUCCGUGUCCAGAUAUAUUCACCUACCAGGCCGAUCCGAACACCAGGCAAAUCUUUGGCUACGUCGAGAUCGACAACAUUCAAGUGGGCCAAACGGUCAAAUUGGAUAUUGCCUUAUCAAUCGCUGCUCCAGUGCCACAGAGCAACGUUGGAUCAAUCGCCCUAGCCAAAUCGAAAGAAGAAAUCUUCAACGAAAUUGUGCGUGGUAACCCAGCGCAGUACCGUGUCAACUUCCCGCUGCAAAACAUCCUUCCGAGCGUUCUCAGCAUAGCUGUCAACGGUCAAACAGUAUGCACAGGGAAUCUUGUGCAAGGACACCAAACUACUAUUAAUCUAGAGCAUACGCUGUACACACGGCUGGAGCAAACCAAUGGCAACAAUGGUUUCCUAUCCAACAACGGCGGCUUCCAAGGCAAUAACCAGUUCCAAAACCAGCGGCCAAUGUAUACUGCUCCACCAAGACCCACUCGACCCCCGCAGUUUAGCUAUACCGAACCUGUCACGCCACACACUGUAUUUAUGAAUCCCAUCACAACUAGACGUCCAGUCCCUAUGCGAACUACUGUAGCGCCUCCGACGAAUUACGCUUGUGGUAAACAGUCUAGCAGCGGCUUCAACCAGCUUUCGUUCAAUGGCAAACGCGUGGACAAAGGUCAAUUUCCAUGGAUUGUACCCUUAUUUGAUCAGGUCCAAACUCAACUGCCAACAUAUUUCUGCGGCAGCACCAUCAUCUCCAACAGACAUCUGAUUACAGCUGCUCAUUGCAUCUACGAUUCCGGUGACUUCAUGGCCGCUGAUCGGAUACUGGCCGUUCCAGGAAUGUACAACAUCGAUAACUUUGCAGACGAAAAUGCCAAUUUUGCGUACAUAGAUCGCGUAUUUGCGCAUAACGAUUACAUUCACGACGAUGAUCUGAACGAUGCGGACAUAGCGAUUCUACGGCUGAAGCAGGUACUGGUCUACACCGAAUACAUAAUUCCUAUCUGUUUAUGGAAUGAAUCCAACGAUUUGGAUCGGGUCGUCAACCAGGAAGGUCUCGUAGCAGGCUGGGGAGUAACCGAGUCCGGUCCGACUACGAUCCCUACUUACAUCAAAGCUUCGGUCGUGACCAAGCGAUCUUGUUGGGACAAUGUUAAGAAGAUGUUUUCUCUCAACUCGCGGAUAUUUUGUGCCGACGGCCACGGUUCAGCACCGUGCAAUGGCGAUUCGGGCACUGGAUUCGUUCUGAAGCGAGGUAACCAGUACUACCUGCGGGGAAUUGUCUCAAAAGGCCAACAGGACCCGAAAACCCUACUAUGUGACGUGACAAAAUUCGCAAUUUACACGGAUGUCGCAGUGUUUAGAUUUUGGAUAAAAACGAUCAUGAGUCAGUAGAAUGAGUACAGGGAUAACAGCAGUCACCUAGCAGAUUUUUUCUUAACAUGAACAGAAAUUAAAUCAAUUGGAACAUUAAUAGUCAUGUUACUAAGAGCACUGUGUGUAUGCUUUUGCGUAUGACUGUAGCAGCAUCAGGUUAUUUAUAUGUAGAUAACAACUAAGUAUAUAUACAAGUAUACAUAAUGACAAAUGUAUAUGCAACCAGACAUAUCCGGAAUGUACUAAAAGUAAUUUAUUUAUCACAAUUCCUUUGGAAUCUAGCAAGCGGCCUUAAA